GCGCUAUCGUUUACUAGUAAUGCAAUUUGAACAAUACAAUUUUGAAAAACUUGUUCACUCCGUUCUUCUUCUUAUUCUUGAAUGUGGAUCAUCAAUUAAUCCGAUUGAAACUCCAAAAAAUGGAUUUAUCAGAAGACUGGAAAUCUGGAUUCCCAAUCGGAAUUGUUUUUGACCCACCUCUACUUCUCUCCGAUUCAGCCGGUCCUCUUUUCUUCAACCCAAAUCCAAAUUCUUUAACUCAGCUUUUCAACUCUCCGUUAUUUCCUCCUAUUCUAAACCCACCUCCAAAUCUUUCUUUAUCAAGAUUCAUCGCCACUUCAACUGCCCAUGAUGCUCCUAUCCCUGACUCUACUGCUUCCGCCAUUGCCUCCGUUUUCGGCCCUCAAUUCCAUGACGAAAUCGCUGAGACUUUGCUGGGUCAUAACCAUCUUCAAUUCCUUAAAAUCCCACUUCAAAAUGAUGUCCUUGUGUUUUUCUCAACUGGGCUUAACCAUGAUCAAGUGGGGUUUCUAUUACUUUCUGUCAAAGAUGGGAGCUUGUGUGCUGUCGGGGAUUCGAAAGGCGGCGUCUUUGUUGCUGAUAAAGAUUUGAACCAAAAGAUUGUCGGAAUUUUGGUGAACCCGGAUGGGGAUUUUGAAGGUAAUGCUUCUGUUAUUGGGUACUUGUUGGUUUUUACUACGUAUUCUGUGCAUUGGUUUUGUGUUAAGAGUGGUGAAAGGCCUGUUGUGAGUUAUGUUGGUGGCAAGGUUUUUAAGAGUUGCUCUGUGGUGGAUGCUUGUUGGAGCCCUCAUUUGAGUAAGGAGAGUGUGGUGUUGUUGGAGAACGGUCAGUUGUUUUUGUUUGAUUUGAAGUCUGAUCAGUCUGACUCGUAUUUUAGAGGUACUAUGUUGAAAGUAUUGUGGGAUGGUUCGGGUAAGUCUAGGAAUUGUAGGUGGCUGGGAUGUGAGUUCAGUUGGCAUCCUAGGAUUUUGAUUGUUGCGCGUUCGGAUGCUGUUUUUCUGGUUGAUUGGAGGUAUGAUGUCUUUAAAGUGACUAGUCUGGCGAAAAUUGAUAUGUUUGGUCGGUAUGCUCCGGCUGAGAAGGAAUUCCUAGCGUUUUCCAAAGCAGUUUCUGAUCAUUUUCAUUUUGUUUUGGCUUCUAACAACAUGCUAGUUCUAUGUGAUGUGCGCAAGCCAUUGAGGGCAGUGUUGCAAUGGGCUCAUGGUCUUGAUAAUCCAUGUUAUAUUGAUGUGUGUAGACUGUCUGAAUUAAGGUCGAACUCAAUAAACAAUGAGCAUGAAUGGGCAACUGAUUCUGGUUUUGGCAUUAUUUUAGGAUCAUUUUGGAAUUGCGAGUUUAGUCUGUUUUGCUACGGGCCAUCUCUGCCUGCUCGAAAAGGUUCAAUUGCUUUAGAAAUUUCAGAAAUUUCUAAAUCUUCCUAUGCAUGGGAGCUCCCUUCUGAUCUUUUGUUGUCAGGUAAUAAAUGUCGAUGUGGAAAUUGUCUUGUUAGAGAAGAGUUUCUAAAGGAUUCACUUCCUGAGUGGAUUGAUUGGCAGCAGAAGAAAGAGAGAAUUUUGGGCUUUGGAAUUUUAAGCAAAGAUCUCUCAUCGUUGCUUUUUGAGUCUGAUGAAUAUGGUGGAUUUACUUUGAUUAGAUUGAUGUCCUCAGGGAAGCUUGAAUUACAGAGAUACUAUGCAUCGUGGGAUUUGGUUACAAAGUUAGAAGAAGGUCAUAGAGAUCCAUUGUUGUGUAAUGAAGACAACUUGCUUUUCUCCUUGGAUAAUGAGAAAUACAGGUUUCCUAAAAUAUUUAAGUAUUUGAAGUUGGAUUACCUCUCUGCGUAUAUUAAUGGUAACCUUCUCCAAGCCUUGGACUUAAAUCUGAUAAAGACUUGCGAGGAUCCUCAACAAAAAGAAUCUUUUAGUAUAGAAUUUCACGAAAUACUGUGUGAGAAAUUAAAUACGUGCGGGUUCGGUAAGUUUAGAACUUUCCCUGCCAUUAAUGCUGUUUUUAACAACAUCAACUUGCCAACAAGCGUACAUGAGGUGGCUAUGAGUAGCAUGUGGGCAAGCUUGCCAAUGGAACUCUUACAACUUGCCUUUUCCAGCUACAAUGAAUUUCUUGAAGCUCUUUUGGACCAGAAGAAGGUUGCUUUAGAAUUUUUAGAUGUACCUGACAUACCCCAGUUACCUCCAUUUUUCUUAAGGAAGCCAUCAAGCCGAAGCAGUAAGUGGUCAAGUAAAGUACCACGCAGUGAGGUUCUUGUUGGGCCAGUUAUUCCUCUUCCUAUUUUGAUUACGCUUCAUGAAUUACGUAAUGGCUGCCCAAACUCACAGGAGGGAUUUAGUAGGUUCUCAUCAGAAAUUGAACUCAACAAUCAAUGCAAGGAAGUAAUGCAAGUGGCCAGAGUAAUGGCCAUGCCAGAUUCUACUAUUGAGCUUCGUGAUCAUGAUGAUGAUGAUGCUGUCUCGCUUGGCGAUGACAGAGAUGAUAUUUGGGCUGAUUCAGAAAAACCGAAGCCUUUAUGUUUAUAUCGCCCUGUUGCAGAACUGGGCUCUGUAGAAGGUCACAAAGAGAGCAAAUCCGUUCACAAGGAUGAUAAAUUUGGUUUCAUGUUAGCAAAAGUGCAUGCAAAAGACCCCAAAAACAACAAGAAGAUGGAAAGUAUGGGACAAGAAUUAUUUGAUGAUCUGUGUCCUAUUCACAUGAAAUUUGAUGCUGCAGACAUGGAGUUCAGCUCAAAGGAAAUGAAAGCUUAUAAUUCGUUGAAGAGGGAAUUCUCAAAAUGGCAAGAAGGAUUCAAACCAUUUCAGGGUUUUCGUGAUCGAUUUGAAAACUAAUUCUGAAAUCUUAGGCUUUGUUUGGUUAGUUUUGUUUUUAGACUUUUCUUAUUUCUUUUCUAUUUUUAGAAUAGAAGACGAUGUUUACUGACCUACAACAGAAAGACCUGUAUAGUAAAAACAAUGGAAUUUUGGCUUGUUUAUUUUAUCUGCAGCAAAAAUCAUGUGUUAAACAAACAAAGCCUUAGCAAGAAACAAAUUUGGUUUGUAUGGCACCUUUUUUUAAUUAUCUUGAGAAAGAAAUUCCAGUUUUGUGUGUUAACUUAUUUAUUUGUUGAUUAUUGGUUCUUUUCCCCUCAAUUUAUUGGAAAAUACAGGCAGCAAAAGGUCGGGAGAAGAAAUGGAAGUUUCCAAUUGACGGAGACUUUAUCAGAGUCAUUUUUGAUUGCUCAACGUGAUGCUUCCAAACAAAGGAUCUGCUAGAACUAGCAUUCUGGGAGAGAUCAAUAUUAACUUGGCAAGCUACAGGAAUUCAAGAACUGUUGUUCCUGUUUCAUUGCCUCUGAAAACAUGUAGCCAUGGGACUAUUUUACAAGUCAUUCAUCCAUCAAGUUUUUAUGAUAGGUUCCUGAUUUCACCGUAUUUGUGUUAUUGUUCUCUUAUAUUACUGCAGAAAUAUUACAUAGUUUUAAUCUUCAAUCUCACAUAUUUUAUUCAACUUGUUUAUUUUUGAAUAACUUCAUUGCAGCUUAAUCUGUGAUUGCAGACCUUUAGUUUGCACUCAUGGCUCCAACCUCAAUUUAUUAUUCUAAACCAAAUCCUAAGACUGUAAUCUUACUAUAUUCUCAUCUGAUGUUCUUCUUUUGGUUCAUUAUUUGAAAGAAUGAUGUUUAGUUGCAAAUUGAUCAUUAUGGUUUUGUUUUAGAAAAUAAAAAUAAUGGAUUUUCUUGUUUUUUUAAUUAUAUAUACCUUCUCAAGACGAACAAAUCAUGAAAGCAGACGACUGAUGAACGUUAUGCAGCUUUAUUUUCUUAAGGGGCAAGAAGAAUUGCUUCAGGGAUUUUGUGCUCAACUGCAUCUUCAGCAAAAUAUUGAUUUGAUUCAUAGUAUAACUGCUCGACUCACGGAUUAUAAAUCGGACAAAUAUGAAACAUGGUGGUUCUUCCUAACAAUGAGUACUUCUCGGUGAAUGGCUGAAACGCUUCUUUCUAUAGAGUUUCAGUUUCGGCAAUCUUCUGCUGUAGGCCUUUGGGCGUCUCGUCCAAACCUGUAGCUUUUCCUGUAAAAGGAACUCAUCCCAUUGGGGCCACAACACAAAACCUUCCUCCGCAGUGAACACGUAGACUCCGCAAUGUGGACGCCUUUCCUUGCAACUGCUACGGAUUUUAGAUAGCAUCGGAAAUUUGACAUAUAGCUUCAUGUGACGAGCGAAGACACAGGUAGCCUCGAAUAAUUCUUCUUCACGUUCUCCUUUGGUAUCAACAAUAUCUUGAUGGUUGAUCUCCUCCCCAUAGUCUCUUAGAAUGCAAGCAGAUUAUCAUUCAUUCUUUUUUGAUGAACGAUUAUCAUUCAUUCUUAAUGCUAAGUUUAUAUUUAUGUACGGAUUUGGCAGUAUUAAUUUAAUACAAUUUGAGUUGAAAAUGAA